UCAGAAGACUAUCACCAUGGCGAUAUUGACCAUCAUUCUGCUUGUCAGCAUGGCUUUGGCUCUGGGAGAUGCCUUUAUUCCGAUAGGUGGUAUGCGACCCAAGACCCGCUGUGAGCAUUUAAGAGAUUCCAAGAAAAACAGCCCGCCUGGAACCUACAUCCCAACUUGUGACGACGAUGGACAAUACACCCCUGAGCAAUGUUCAGGAUCUACAGGUUCCUGUUGGUGUGUGACCUGUAAUGGACAGAAGAUCAAGGGUACUGAGUUUCCAAUAGGCUCUGCUAUUAUCAACUGUGCCACCCUGAUUUGCUGGUAGAUGAAAGGCGUUGGAAUGAAGACGUUAAAAAUACUUUGACAGUUUCUUUACUGUCCUACAGGAACUGCUUCACAUUCCAUACAAAUC